CUGAACUCUAUCAGUUUCAGUCUUACAUAAAGAUAUUUGAAUAUCAUGGAUACUAAAAAACUAUUGUUCAAAACCUUGUGUUUGAUUUUAUUCUUGAGUGAUGGUUUGGUGGCGACUGGGCCAAUUAAAAUAGAUAAACCUGACAAGGAGAAGGGAGAAAUAGGAUUAAAAGAUGAGAAUGAUAUUAUGCGCCGUCUUAAACUUCUUGAGACAAGUCAAGAUGAUAUCAAAGAAGAAAACCAAAAACUGAAAGAUGAAAACAGAAAACUUCGAGAAGACUUAGACAAUUUAAGAUCAGAUAUUUCAUCAGAGAAAACACGGACAGACAGUUACUUUACAUACCUACAGUCACAAAUAAACGAUCAACGUGAUAAGAACAAACAUCUUGAGAAAAACAUCUACAGUACCCAAACACAUUCUGAAGGGUUACAGGACAGAAACAAGCAACAUGACAGAAUUACUCAAUCCUUUGAAUCUGUGGCCGAAGCAGGGACAAUUGAAUCAACGUCAAAUAAUCACUCAAACCUUCAAUCAAAGAUUAAUCCUCUGUCGGCACCUGAAAACAGUAAAGAUGUGAAACCCAACAUUACUGAAACUGAACAUAACCAAGCAUUCCGACGUCUUCAACGCUCGUAUAAAUCGCUGGAAAGAAAUAUUGGUAAGAACAGGUCCGGAGAACACCGCAUUAAAAGAGCUCAAAACGAAGUUAACAUUGCAUUUUAUGCUGUCAUAGGAGACCACCAUGUACAACAUGCCGGUAUUAAUCAGAAUAUCGUUUUCGAUAAAGUAAUCACAAACUUAGGCAACGCUUACAAUAAAUAUUCCGGAGAUUUCAAGGCUCCGGUUUCCGGCACCUACGUGUUUUCGGCCACACUUAUGGCAUACGACUCACAGACUGCACACUACAGAAUCAUGUCAAAUGGGACAGACGUGGGCAAUAUGUAUCUUCAUGGCACAGGGGGAGCAACAACAGCUAUGACAGUGAUACUUCAGCUAAACAAGGGCGAUGACGUCUUCUUGCAGAAUAUUGAUUCGGAUAAACCGCUCCAUGGCUAUGCUUAUAGCACAUUUUCGGGCUAUCUUCUGCAACAGGACUUCUCCGCUACCGAAAUUGUGGGAAAAUAGUAAAAUAUUGAUAACCAAAUAGUAAAUAAACAGUGUGAAUGAG